AUGCAGCCUAAAACCUUUAUCCUGCAACUACAUUACAUGCUCAGUGAUAGUUUAUUGAGUCCUUGGAUUCGAUGGUCGCAAGACGAUCACAUAUUCUGCUUGAAACCAUAUGAUCCAGAGUUUUCCGGAAGAGUUCUGAAGAAGAACUUCAAGCAUGGUAAUGUCUCGAGUUUUGUAAGGCAGCUUCAUAUGUAUGGCUUUCACAAAUUGCAGAAUGGGCCUGCAAUAAAUGCCCAGGUUGGUGCUGCUGCAGGUCAUAGUAUUGAGAACCAGCCUCCUACGCAUAUUAUUAAGAGUAAUAAAGAGUCAAUGGUCUGGUAUUUUACUCAUCCCUCAGGGUACUUCUACAAGAAUGCAAGUCAGGCAGAUCUCGCGAGGAUACAGAGGACGUCUAAUGGAGUUGGCAAAGAUGGAAAACGGAAAAAUGGGUUAUCUCCUGUUUGUGUAUCGAUUUUGGAUGCUAAUGCCAGAUCUAACACCUCACCAGUGAAUGCUGCUGCUCCAGUGCGUCAAUUAGACACGAUGCAUCGUUAUCCUUCCAUUCCGCAAGCAUUUCCGCCUGCUUCGGAUUCCUUUCUACAGGCCCCUGUAGUACAAGAGCAGCAGCAAUCGCAAUCUACAUAUAGCCACCCUAAUAUCCCGAAGCAUAAUAGCAGUUCCUCGCUAGAUUUACUCUCGCAUCAACCCCAGCAUCAGCAGCCUUUGUCAAUGGCAGCAGCACCUCUUGGCUCACAAGUUCGACAUUGCUAUUUAACCCCGGGCAUUAAUACUGCAUUGAGGUCGCCGCUCAUCGGCGUCCAUCAACAGCAACAGCAUCAACAAGCGCCUCCGAUAGUAUCCAAUCAAGGGAUUUAUCUUCCUCCUACUACUUCUGCAUCGGAAUAUGUUCAAUAUGAGAGCAAUUUACAGCUCUUACAAAGAAGCAUGCUAACAAUAGUGGAUAUUUUACAGUUAUCUCCCACGCGGCAGGAUUCUGCUAACAAUUUACAGAACCUGAACCAUCUCAAGACAGAAAUCUUAUCAAUGGAUAACAGGUGGAAUUCUCUACGCUUUCACCCAGUUUGUGGGUCCUCAAAUCACUCUUCCCUUAGCAGUGAGACUUCGAACUCAAUUAAUCAAUCUGCGCACCAGCCUGCUACGGCGACAUCCAUCGCUUCUAUGCCUGGCCAACCAGCAACGGAACCAAGAAUCUCUAAGACUUCUAAUAAUAUGAACCCUAACCUAAUUCACAUCGCAACAGAAAAUGCUUCGAAUAAUCUUUCAUCUAAUGGAGCCAUUCCGCAAUAUCCAAAUUUUCAACCACAUCACCAGCAACAUAAAACCAAGGUUCCUUUAUCGGUAUUUCCGCCAAUACAGCAACAGGCACAGUACCCUAUGUACCUUCACCCACAGCACCAUACUCACCACUUACGUACACAGUCUCAAGGGUAA